ACAAAGCUUCAAUUUUUACUUUCUGCUGUCUCCGAAUCUGAUUCUUUUCCUGCAUUCAUACUCUUUGUGGGUUCUAUCUUCUUGGUUUGAUUAUAUACAACUUUAAGCUGUUUUGGGUUCUUGAUUUGACUUUUCAAGAUCAAGUUUUAGUUGAUGUUCCUUUUAACCAUUCUCCUACAACUUGCUAGAUUCUCAGCUUUAUUCUCCUGGUUUAAAGAAUCUGAGUAUGGUAUUUGUAUAGACUGUGUGAGAAGAAGAUUAAGAGUGUUUGUUGAAGAUGAAGAAACAAUCAUCUAGCAGAAGCCAAAGAGGGAGCAGAGGUAUCAAAGGGAAGCAUGUUGUGCAGAUAUGUGUUCUGCUUGGAGUUUGCAUCUGGCUAAUCUAUCAAGUGAAGUAUUCUCAUGACAAGAAGAAGGAACUCUAUGAGGGAGAUGUCAAGAAAUCGACGGUGUUGUUAGAGAAUGAAGAAGGGAUGGUGAAGCUUGGGAGAAAAGAUCUUCUUCCCGGUUAUCAUAAGCAGAACGAGAAAGAGAAGCGUGUGGAAGAAGAGGAGGAGGAUGAAGAAGAAGAAGAGAAAGAGAGCAAGAGUAGAGUAGAGAAUAGUAGUACUCAUGAGGAAGAGGAGAAAGAAGAUGAGGAGGAUGAAGAAGAAGAAGAUAAGAACAAGCUAGGAGAGGAAGUAGUUGAAGAGGAUGAGGAAGAAAACAAACAUGAAGAAGAAGAUGAUAUUGAUGAACAAGAUCAAAGUAAGGAUGAUGAAUUGCUUCAAGAAGAGAAGGAGAAAGAAGCAGAGACUAAUGAGGCACGCGAGGAGCAUUACAAGGCUGAUGAUGCUUCCAGCGCAGUGUCUCAUGAGUCUCGGAUACUGAACACUGAGAAGUUGAAUGAAAGUUAUGGAAAUUCAACAGGACCAGCUCAGGAGAACAGUUCCAAUACCACUACAAAUGAGGUUGAGGUUCAGAAGGAGCCUGUCUUGAAGUUAGGAGAAGCUGAAAGCAAAGAUUCUGCGGAGAAAACAGUUAAUGCUGUAACUGAACUGAGAGGUGAAACAGUUAAUGGUAAUUCGACAGAAGCAGUUCUUGAAGCUUCAGGGUUUGUGCAGAAUGAAACAAGAACCAUGCAAGAACGUAGCCAAGAACAUGACAAAACAGAAGAUGGUGCACCACCUUCAGGAUCCUCUGAUCUACAGAAUGUCGUCGAACUUGAGCAAACCCGUAAUGAAACUGAUGCCAACAUCACUGUUUCUGCAAACAUUACCAACACAUCUUCCAUUCAAGAUGAGUUCAGGAACUCAACUUCAGAGUCUUCUCUAGUUGAAAACAUCUCUGGGUCCAACACAACUGAGGUGGUGAAGGAGAGUUCAACGUCUGAAGGUGAUGAGGAAACAGAAGAGAAAGAAAGUUCAAACCAUUUUGCAACAGAGCAAACGGAGGAAGCAGAUGAUACUCCUGAAAGCACAAUGUUGCAAGAAGAGAGAGAAGCUCUCACUGAUCCACAAACUCUGCCGGAUAUAAGUAUAGAAGGGAAAGAAGAAGAAGAUGAAGAAGAAGCGAUGGCUGCAGAGUAAAUGGAGAAAGAAAAUGGAUAAGUUAAUGUGAAUGUUUUCUGUUUUUUUCAGCUGUCAUAGUAAAAACUAAAAACAUCAGUGUCUGUCUCUGCUACUUAGUUUCAAAAAUUGUAUAUUCAUCUUCAAGUUUGGCUAUGGAUUUGCUUUCACUUGUCCCACGGAAAACUAAGCUUCAUAUUAACAGUAGAAGAGCCCAA